AUGCAUGUUCCUGCCAGGCCUCUUGGAUCCGUUUGUGGCUACUCCGUGCGUCCUAGUGCGUCACUUUAUGCAGACUAUGGAAGCACUCCUUGUAGUGUGUCGCCGUCGAAACCGAGCAUGGGGAAAGCCUUCACUAUCGAUGCACUGCUCUCCAAACCAGACACCAUUGCAAGAGAGAAGACCAGCCUCUCAACGACUGUGAAGUAUCCCUCAACACUGGGUUCCGUCUAUCCAGUUCACGGACAGAUGCACUCGUCAUUGCCACACUACAUGUACAGCCCGAGCAUGGUUCACACUCAGCCUGGAUACCCCGUCUACUACUGCCCUCCCUACGGCUACCAAGCCGCCUGCCGUGGUCCUCUUUACGCACAAGAAGCGGCCAUGACGAAAAAUGGUGUACACAUGUUCAAACACAAGGCGGGCAAGUCCAAACGUAUGCGCACCAGCUUCACGAACGAACAGCUGUCCAGACUAGAGAAGGAGUUCGCCCGGCAACAGUACAUGGUUGGGUCCGAGCGCUUCCUCCUGGCUACUUCUCUACAACUCACCGAAGCUCAAGUUAAGGUCUGGUUCCAGAAUCGUCGCAUCAAAUGGCGCAAGCAGAGUUUGGAGCAGCAGCAAGCAAAACUGGCUAAACUCGGACUUGCUGCUCCGCCAAAGAGUCCCGGUUCCCAAGGGCAUGAGGACGAGAGGGACGAAGAGGAAGAUUUCAGCAACGAAUCGGACAUCGACAUUGAGGGCUCCAUCAGCGACUGCUAA